AUGAACACAACAACAAACACAUCAACUCUUCUAGAGGACCCCCAGGGGCUCCAAGGUGAACCAUUCGGUGAAAGCUUGACCACGAAUACUUUCUGGAUACUUCUAUUCCUCAUCUUCUUCAACCUCGUCUGGACACUCUGGCAGUUGGAUGACCGUGCCUUCUGCAAGUCGGUCGACUAUCAAACACACAUCAAUGACCCAUCAAACGAUAAUACCCUUGAGCCGACACAUUUGGACUUUAUUUCGCGAAACAUCACAUCGUGGAAUGUUCAGUGCCUCGCCGUCACCUAUUCCAGUUUCCUUCUCCUAGCGCAGCUCGCCGAAGGCUACUGGAUCUGUCAAAUAUGUGCUGAGCUUACCCCUAUAAAGUUCGCCGAGUGGACUGAGGCGACCUCUCACUUCAAUCCCGCUGUCCUGCGCUACAUCUUCAAUAUCCCUGCGAUCGCCUUCUUGUUAAUUCUGUGGCUUGGAACCCUGGGCAUCGGCGCUGUCAUGCUUGAUGUCCAAUGGAGAUACACCAAGGGGCUUCUCACGCUCAAGAUUAAGGACCAAGACAAGGGGCAUUGUCAAGGCCGCCACUGCGCAGCAGAAGCCGGACAUGGUAGGAAAGGUAGCGAGGUUGAUCUAGAAUCUGGUUUAUUUAUGGCGGAUAAGGACGUCCCGGAGAAUCUUUUCGGAACGACAUAUCGAUGA